UUUUGACUCAUGUUUAAAAUAAUGCUAAAAGACUUUAUAUUAAUUUCGAAACAAUGGAAAACGUAUUUCGAAAUAUUUCUGAAAUAAAAAUUUCAGACAGUUUCGAAAUAAAAAUUUCAAAUGUAUCUCUGCCUUUAGAGAUAUGUAAAUUGUAUUGUAUUUGUAACGAAAACACAGAGAAAGUACUGAAAUUUUAAAAAAUGUCGUAAAGCGGAACCGAAAGUGCAACAGGUUGGUUGUAAUGCUAUUGAAGCAAAUAGAAGAACAAUAAACUACUUUUGAGAAAGAUAUGCAAAUUGUUUUGUAUUUGUAAUUGAAACACAGAAGAAGUAGUUCAUCAGCUGGCUUUGUUUUGACGCAAAACGUAAUUUAAUCUUUUAAUAAUCUUUUUCCCUAUUAUUACAAAUAAUAUUAUUUUACAUAAAAUAAUUGGAUAUAUAUUUCAUAUAUAUAAUCAAAAAAAGGUCCAUUUCAGGAAAUAAUACUAAUUCCAAGAUGAAAUCAAAUGUUGGUACUCUCGGCUUUUUAAUUAUUUUCCUGGUUAUGUGGCUACGUGUACCAAUUGUGGAUACAAAACCAGAUGAAUAUUUAAGUUCGAACGGUUCGCCAGAUUCUGCUCAAAACGGUGAUAGAGUGGUUGUUGCUGAUGAUGGAGCUGAAAAUAGCGCUGAAAAUAGCGCUAAACAUGGCGCUGAUCAUGGCAUUGAUGAUGGCGCUGAUCAUGGCGCCGAAGAGGAUGAUGACGCUGAAGAGGAUGAUGACGCUGAAGAGGAUGAUGACGAAGAUGAAAACGAAGACGACGAAGUUGAAAGCAAUUAUGUACCAUCUCCAGAAAUGAAUCUUGGUCAUGAUAAAGGCUUGUUUAAUGGUGAUAUUCGGUUAACUUCAGAACAGAAAAAAAGGAUCAUGAAUCGCAAUCAGAAGAGGGCCGCAAGAAAAACAGGCUUAUGGACACAAAACACUAUCUGCUACAAAAUUGACCAAAAGAAAUUGCCCAAAGACAUGAGAAGAUCCAUAAAAAGGGCAAUAAACAAAUUCCAACAGGCAUUGAAAAACUGUGUAGAAUUUAUUAACUUGAGAAAUAAUAAAACAUUGGAACAAAGAAUUAGUAGGGAAAAGUAUCAUGGUGAACCCGUCCCUCACAUCUUCUUCACAAGAAAUCAUAUAAAUGACACCGGGUGUUGGUCUUACGCUGGAAGAGUUGAGAGUACCGGUAAAGUUCCCGGUCAACAAAUUCUACAUGCUGGCAACGGUUGCGAAGAUAGUAUGUUACAUGAGAUCGCUCAUGCUGUUGGAUUUUGGCAUGAGCAGAGCAGACCAGAUCGCGACAAAUAUGUGAGAGUCAUGGUAGGAAACAUAAAGGACGAAUACAAAGGACAAUUCAAUAAAUCAUCUGACGAAGCCGUUGACAGCAUGGGUUAUGCUUAUGACUUUCAGUCAAUUACACAUUAUGGCAAGUAUUUUUUUUCGAAAAAUGGGAAGAAAACAUUAAAGGCAAGAAGGAAAUAUCGUAAGUUCGCGAAAGAAAUGGGACAAAGAUCUUAUCUGAGCUUACUAGACCAUGCUCAAAUGAGAGGCAUGUACAAAUGUAACAAGAUUCCAAGUCUGGAAAGCAAAAAAGUGUGUGUUAGCAAGAAAACUAAAGGCCGUGAUUACAGAGGAAAGUUAGACUACACAGAACAUGGAGUUAUGUGCCAAUCUUGGAACCAUCAAUAUCCACACUCCCAUAAUUAUACUUGCAAAAAGAAAAGAGAAGGUCUUGGAAGACACAACUAUUGUCGCAACCCUUUUGGUCAGAAAGAACGGCCAUGGUGUUUUACGACAUUAACUGGUACUGUAUGGCAGUACUGCGAUUUAAAGCUUUGCGACGAUUAACAAUCCGUAUACCGGAAGAAAAGUUGUGAAAACUGUUUAUUUUUACUUGCUAGUAAUAAUUUACCGAAAUAUUAUUUUAUUUUAUUUUAUAUUAUGUAGGAUUAUGCAUGAAU